AUGGCUUCAGUGUCUUUCAGGAUAAAGGCAGCAGACUCCUUGCUGGAGGCACAGGUGGAAGGCCACCCUGGAUGGCUCCUGGCAUGCUACGAGCGCUGGAGUCCUUCCCUGGGCACUCUGCUCUGUCAGCAGCUCGGGUACCUCAGGAUGAUCCACCAGAAAGCAGUGAACCUGAGGGACGUGAGGGUGCCUGGCACACAGGAGUUCCUGCAGCUGACAGCACCCCCGGAGGGCAGCCUGGAAGACAGGUGGCAGGUCAGGAGCAGCUGUGACUCGGGGCACGUCGUGGCUCUGCAGUGCUCAGAGUGCGGGCAGCGCCCCGGCGCUGCGCGGGUGGUCGGGGGCAGGGACGUGCCCGUGGGGCGCUGGCCCUGGCAGGUCAGUCUGUACCAGGGCUCCCAGCACCACUGCGGAGGCUCCGUGCUGGCCCCGGAGUGGAUCGUGACGGCAGCUCACUGCGUGCACAGUUACAGGCAGCUGCCAGCCUCCCCCUGGCUGGUUGUCGCGGGGGUUGUGUCGCACAGCUCAGCCCCGCGGGAGGCUGGGGUGUCCGUGCAGAAAGUCGUCUCCCACCCCCUCUACAACGCCAGCAGCCUGGACUAUGACAUCGCCCUGCUGAAGCUCCAGGUCCCCCUGCACUUCUCAGAUGCCAUCCGAGCUGUCUGUCUGCCACCCUUCCACCAGAACCUCUUCCAGGGCACACAGUGCUGGGUCUCUGGCUGGGGCUACACCAGGCCAGGCCAAGGGCAGGUUGCUGGGACUCUGAAGGAAGCACUGGUUCCCUUAAUUGGCACCAAGAGGUGCAACAGCUCCUGCAUGUACCAGGGAGAGCUCACUGCCAGGAUGCUGUGUGCUGGGCACCCCCAUGGCAGGAUUGAUGCAUGCCAGGGGGACAGUGGUGGUCCCCUGGUCUGCCAGGAGGAGCUGACCUGGCGCCUGGUGGGCAUUGUGAGCUGGGGGCAGGGCUGUGCUGAACCCAACCACCCUGGGGUUUACACCAACGUGGCUCAGCUGCUGCCAUGGAUUCACCACACCACUGAGAUCUACUAG